GUGGAGGAGGAGGAGCUGGAGUGUAAGAUCUGCUACUGCCCCUACAGCCUCUCGCGGCGUCGGCCCAAGCUGCUGCACUGCUGCCACCGCCUCUGCUGCCUCUGCCUGGCCCAGCUCCUCGCGCUGGGGGAGAGCCCCGCCACCACGGUGGUCUGCCCCUUCUGCCGCUACGUUACCUCCCUGCCGCCCUCCUCCCUCCCCGACGACCACGGCCUGCUGGCCCUGCUCGGCAGGAACCUCCGCAUCCAGACCCUCCAGGGCGGCUCCACGGAGCUGCUGCUCACCCCCAGAACCCUGAGCUCCCUGCUGGGCGCCGGCAACCCCUCCUUCUCCUCCUUCUUGCCCCAGGCCCCCGGCUCCUACGCCUCCAUCCGGGGGUCCCCCAACUUCGUGGUCAUCACUAUCAUGGAGCCCCCCCCGCCUCCACCAGCUCUUCCUCCGCAGCCGCCGUCCGCGCUGUCGCCGCUGCCUCUGGGCCGCUCGCCGUACAACCUCCGUCAGCACCGCCCGCCCCCCGGCCCCCCGCUGCAGGCGGCCCUGAUGUACCGCUCGGCGUCCAGCCUGGACUCGGUGGCGUCGGGGGCCCGGCGGCGCGGCGGCGGCGGCGUGCGGGGCUGCGCGGCCCUGCUGUGGCGGGGCUCGGCCCGGGCGCUGGUCUGGCUGCUGGGGCUGCUGUACUUCUGCUCGCUGCCCCUGGGGGUCUACCUGCUCAUCAUGCAGAAGACCACGUUGGGCGUGCUUCUGGUCAGCCUGGUGCCCACCAGCAUCAUGGUGGUCAUCAUCUACGGCUUCUGCCAGUGCCUGUGCCAGGAGCUGUGGGACUGCAUACCGCCUUAA